GCGGCAAAACACGGCGGUUGACUGUUCACUGCGUUUUUUAAUUUUAAUUUAAUUUGUAUGUGAAAAUGUUAUAAAACCUCCAUGUUUGUAAAUCAAAAUGGAAAUUAAAAUUGUGAUAUUCUCAGCUCUGCUUUCUUUUGCGUCAUGCGCUCUAAUCAUACCAGAGGAGCUGCCGUCCCUGUUGUCUGUGGCCUACUCCAACAUACCUCCCAUAAAGAAAGGCACAGACUCCAGGAUUGGCUUCGGUUUCGCGUUCGGUAACCACGCGGACUUCCAGGUCAUGUUGGAGCUGGGACCCCAGACUAACACCAUGCCUUUGAACGGCCAGCCGUUCCCUAAGAGCGGUGGCUCCAAUAACAAGAGGCACGCGGGCUCGCCUCCGACCAAGACGGACAAGAAUAAGGAAAAGUACCUCCAAUCAGACGCAGGGAACUACCUCCAGAGUUGGGCUCAGAAAAUGAAAUCACCUCCGAAACAUUCCAAGCGUCCAGCGAAACCAGACGACUUGAUGAAUCUAGAAGAAUCUGUAGUAGAGCUAGUUAAAAAUGAGAAAGGAGAGUAUGAGAUCCACCAGCCAAAGCCUGGACACAUGCCUCAGUAUGUUUUGGAUAAUUUGAAGAGACUCUACGGGCAGAAGAAGGCAGAAGCACAGAAGAUGGUAGAAAAGAAGAGAAGCGAAUCGGAAAUUAAGAAGAUAACAGAAGAUUUGUCUAACGUCGAUUUGGAUUGAUUAAAGAAUUUUUAAAAUG